AUGUCAUCCAUUUCGUAUGAAAUCAAUAUGAGAUCAGGUGCUGCAGAUCUGGCCACUGCUAUAGUACCUUUGCUCAAGCUCCUCUGCUUAACCGUCAUUGGACUACUUCUUGCAAACCCUACAAUGCAGUUUAUCCCAAGGGCCACAUUCAAACUCCUUAGUAAACUCGUCUUUGCUUUGUUCUUACCAUGCCUUAUACUCACCGAGCUCGGCGAAACCAUUACUCUUCAAAAUUUCAUUGAUUGGUGGUUCAUCCCUGUUAAUGUUCUCGUCAGUACCUCUCUCGGUUGUUUACUCGGCUUCUUCGUCGUUCUUAUAUGUCGCCCCCCACCACAGUUGAGGCGUUUCACUGUUAUCAUGACAGGGUUUGGUAACACCGGGAAUCUUCCCCUUGCUGUUGUUGGAUCUGUUUGCCAUACUAAGGAUAAUCCAUUCGGGAAACAGUGUAACACAAGAGGUGUUGCUUAUGUAUCUUUUGCUCAAUGGGUUGCUGUUAUACUUGUUUAUACUCUUGUUUAUCAUAUGAUGGAGCCUCCUAUGGAGUAUUAUGAGAUCGUUGAGGAUGCUGAAAUUGAAAUUGAAGAACAACGACGCGCCUUGAAUGAUAUUAGUAGACCGCUUCUUGUUGAAGCUGAGUGGCCUGGUAUGGAGGAUAAAGAGACUGUGCAUUCUAAAACACCUUUCAUUGCUAGGGUAUUUAAGAGUAUCUCCGGAAUUUCUUCGUCCGCAGUUCCUGAUCUUGAAAUAACGGUUGAAAACAGUGGAGGUGACGACAGUCCAAGGUCAAUUAGGUGUUUGGCUGAACCUAGAGUUGUAAGGAGGAUCAGAAUUGUAGCUGAACAAACUCCUCUUCAACAUAUACUUCAACCACCAACAAUUGCAUCUCUGUUGGCUAUCAUAAUUGGCACAGUACCUCAAUUGAAAGCUUUGUUCUUCGGAUAUGAUGCUCCGUUAUCGUUUAUUACCGACAGUUUGGAGAUUGUAGGUGGAGCGAUGGUGCCUUCUGUGAUGCUUAUAUUAGGGGGUAUGCUUGCGGAAGGACCAAAUGAGUCUAGACUUGGACUUAGAACAACAAUUGGUAUUGUUGUGGCAAGACUUUUAGUGCUUCCUGUUAUUGGUAUUGGGAUUGUUGCAUUGUCCAAUCAGCUUAAUUUCUUGGUUGAAAAUGAUGCUAUGUUUAGAUUUGUGCUUUUGUUGCAGUACACAUCACCUAGUGCUAUAUUACUUGGAGCAAUUGCAAGCUUGAGGGGUUAUGCAGUUAGUGAAGCUUCAGCACUUCUGUUCUGGCAGCAUGUGUUUGCCCUUUUCUCCCUUUCCUUUUACAUUGUUAUCUACUUCAGAAUAAUUGAGUAUAUCUGA